AUGCCUCGAAAUUACAUUUUCAAUUCUAGUCAUGUUGAGAAUGCUGAUGAAAUCAGCUUUUCCUAUACCAUUCUUGAUCCCACAAUCUUUUCCAGGUUAACAUUAAGCGAAGUUGGUUUCUCAGAAAGGCUAACAUGGCAACAAGAUCAGCGUAGCUGGGUAAGGUUUUGGUUUGUCCCAAAGGACCAGUGCGAUUAUUACAGCCAUUGUGGUGCGUUUGGACUCUGCAAUCCAAAUAUAUUGGCUGGAUUCGUGUGUGAAUGCCUCCCAGGAUACGAGCCUAAGGUCCAAAGUGAAUGGUACUUGAGGAAUGGCUCUUCAAGGACAAAAGAGAUAGGUGGUAACAGAGAUUUACCUAUGUAUGAUCUCAGAACCAUAAUUUCAGCCACCGAUUCUUUUGCUCUCGCAAACAAACUUGGAGAAGGUGGUUUCGGAUCAGUUUAUAAGGUGAUUCAUUGUCUAGCUUAA